CGCACCAAGUAAGAGUAAUUUUUCCCUCCGGCAAGAAGAGGCUCGCAUCAGAAGAAGGAAAAAAAAUUCCCAAACGAAGCGAAAUAAUUAUCAUUUAAUAAGAGAGUAAUAGUUUUUUUAUUGUGUAAAGUGAUUUUUUUUAUUUAUUUCAUUUUAUUCAAAUAAAAAAUAAAUUGUGUUAACUCUCAAGUGGAAAUAAAUAGCCGGCUCGAGAGCUUAUAUACAUACAUAUAUUGAAAGACGAUCCGUUGAUUGAUUGGUGAGGUGGGCCAAGUCGAAGGAUAGCUACUUCUUCUUUCGAUAUUCGGCGAGUGAAAAACACACUACACCGUUUUUCUACCCGUUUGAAUUGACACUUGACAUAUCGAGUUGGAAGAAAAAUUCAAUUCGUGUUUUUAUGUGUAUUUGUAUCGUUGCUUGUGUACGGGAUUGACUAUUGAAUUUGAACUUCAAAAUUUGAAGAAACGAACGUGAGUGGAAAAAAGAAGACACGCACAUCAUUUAAGGUUUAUCGCCAAAUCACUGUCGUAUAUUUUUGGAUUUUUGCUAAAAAGGAUAUGCCAAUGUUUUCGCAAUUCCCAAUGAACCUAUCGAUAAAUGGAUUCAUCGUACUCGUAUCAAAAGUCUGGACAUGUUUAUGUUUCAUAUUUAACCGACAGGUUCGGGCUUUUGUUCAGUAUCAGCCGGUGAAAUAUGACUUGUUCCCGUUGUCGCCGGUGUCGCGGCAUCGCCUCAGCAUGGUUCAUCGAAAGACGUUGGUAUUAGAUUUGGACGAGACACUGAUUCAUUCACAUCAUGACGCAAUGCCGAGGAAUACGGUCAAACCAGGCACACCGCACGAUUUUACUGUUAAGGUCACAAUCGAUCGACAUCCGGUGCGAUUCUUUGUACAUAAACGGCCACAUGUCGACUUCUUUUUGGAUGUUGUAUCACAAUGGUACGAUUUAGUCGUAUUUACGGCCAGCAUGGAGAUUUAUGGUGCUGCCGUUGCUGAUAAAUUAGAUAAUGGUAGAAAUAUUUUACGUCGACGAUACUAUCGUCAACACUGCACUCCGGAUUUUGGUUCAUACACAAAAGACUUAACAGCGAUAUGCAAUGAUUUAAAUAGGAUAUUUAUUAUAGAUAAUUCUCCCGGUGCAUAUCGAUGUUUUCCAAAUAAUGCAAUACCAAUAAAAUCCUGGUUUUCGGAUCCAAUGGAUAUUUGCCUGUUAUCGCUAUUACCACUGUUAGAUGCGCUACGAUUUACAAAUGAUGUACGCUCAGUUUUGUCAAGAAAUUUACAUUUGCAUCGAUUGUGGUAGUUAAGAGUUGAUCGUGAACAUUUGAGUUUGCAAAAAAUGAGCAAAUUUAGCGGUAUUUAAUGACACAAAAAAAAACAAAGCAAAAAAAAACUAUUUUUUUGUUGAACAUGAUCCGAAAUGUACUCAGACACAAAAAUAAAAAUACAAUUUCAAUAUGUUAGCAAAAACCAAGAGAAAAUAGCUAAGGAAACAAACACCAACAACCACAAAAUGAAAUGACAAAAAAAGACGAAAUAAAAAUAAAAAUUUCAAAAGAUAAAAAGAAAGCUGAAACAAAUGAGAGAAAGGAACAAACUAUGGAACCAGUUUGUAUGAAUGUUUGUGUACGUUAUGUGUGUAUCCGUAUUCAGUUUAGAGGCUGUGUGCGAAUAAAAGGAGAAAAAAGAAACUACUAUACAGUCAUUGUAUUUAUUAAUUUUUUUUUUAAAUUGUUUUAAUAUUUUAUUAAUUAAUUUAAAGAAUCGGCGAAUUUGUUUGCUGCCACUCCCGUUUCGAUGAACCAUCGUCUUUAUUUUUUUUUAUUUGAUCCAAAUAAUAAUUUAGCCACGGAUAUUUUAACAUCAUUCAAAUGAAUGAUUGAUCUUGCCGAGAACGGUUCAAUUCAAGCGGCUUGAUUUAU